AUGCAGUUCUCUUUGAAAUUUCUCGCUUUUGCCGCGACGUUUCUGUCAAUGGCCGAGGCUACCUGCCGUAGUUCGGGUCCUGGCUCUCAAACAUUUGACGGAUCCAGCGGUUGUAUCCAGGGCAAAGGCUUCGACCACAAGUGCCCCGAUAACACCGCCUUUUUCUCUUGCUGUUCCAAUUCUAACUGUACUUAA